AAGAUUUCGUCUAACAAAACAAAGUUGUUUGUAUGUUCUACGACAAAUACAAGAAAUUAUAGAAUUUCCGUCUAAUAAAAACAACUGUGUGUCUCCAAUGAACCAGUUGCUAACAACCCUUAGAUUUUACGCUUCUGCUAGCCAUUUAACUAUUGUAGCUGAUUUUACCGGGAUGCAUACUUCAACAGCUAGUAGAAUUAUGUCGCGGGUAUCGCUUGCAAUUGCUAUGCUGAGACCGCAAUACAUAAAAAUGCCAAGUAAUACCGAAGAAAUUCUAGCAGUACAAAACCAGUUUUAUGGAAUAGCUGCAUUUCCCAGGAUUAUAGGUGCCAUUGAUUGCACGCACAUAAAAAUUCAGUCUCCUGGUGGCGAAGAUACAGAAGUGUACAGGAACCGAAAAGGCUACUUUUCUUUUAAUGUACAAGUUAUUGUAAAUGCAAAUUUGGAAGCCAUGGAUAUUGUGGCAAGGUGGCCAGGAUCUGUUCACGAUUCAACUAUAUUUAAUAAUAGUCGGAUUAGAGCACGGUUAGAAAACGGAGAUUUCCAAAAUGGCAUAUUAUUAGGCGACAGCGGAUAUCCUCUGCGAGAGUAUUUUCUAACUCCAUUGGCAGAGUGUAAUUGA